AAUCGGAGGUCUUUGUGGCGGUCUUGGACACGUCGCGCCGGGCAGAGGUUGUAAGGGUCUUCUCAGGAGUCUUGAGGAGCUUGCGGGUUAAGUUUCUGUGUGAAGACGCUGGUGGCGGGACUUGAUCUGAGCAGUUUUAGGUGUAGGUAUCAUCCCCACAAAGUUUUAGUAACUUGUUCAGAAUUCCAGAGAUGGCAUAGCCUAAUGGUAAUCAGCAAUCUGACUCCAAGAACGAGAAGUCGCUUGUUCUGGCUGUGUCUGUUUCAGCGCAGCACCUCUCCGAAGAGAUGAUUGUUUAAGUGGAAAAAUGGAUCAUUCCCACCACACAGGGAUGAGCUCUAUGGACCUCAACAGUACCACAUCACCCUCUCACCAUCACCCAACCUCUUCAGCCUCUCACUCCCAUGGCGGAGGAAAUGGCAACAUGAUGAUGAUGAUGGUGCCUAUGACCUUCUACUUUGGCUUUGAGAAAGUGGAAAUACUGUUUUCCGGCUUGGUGAUCAAUACAGCUGGAGAAAUGGCCGGAGCUUUUGUGGCAGUGUUUUUACUAGCAAUGUUCUACGAAGGACUCAAGAUAGCCCGAGAGAGGUUGUUGCGCAAGUCACAAGUCAGCAUCCGUUACAAUUCCAUGCCUGUCCCAGGGCCUAAUGGAACCAUCCUUAUGGAGACACACAAAACUGUUGGGCAGCAGAUGCUGAGCUUUCCUCACCUCCUACAAACAGUGUUGCAUAUUAUCCAGGUGGUCAUCAGCUACUUCCUCAUGCUCAUCUUCAUGUCCUACAAUGGGUACCUCUGCAUUGCUGUGGCAGCAGGAGCCGGCAUGGGCUACUUUCUCUUCAGCUGGAAGAAGGCAGUGGUGGUGGACAUCACUGAGCACUGCCAUUAAUGUCAUACUUUAUGGUGUGGCCUUAUCGAUUGCAGUGGGAAGCCGGUUAAGCCUGGAAAACAUGAUUCCUACUCCAGUCAUCCCUUCUUGCUCCUUGUCUACACACACACACACACACACACACACACACACACACACACUUACUCAAUAGAGGUUUAGUGUACAGUCUCUGAGAUAAAGUGGUACCUCCCCAGGCUGUUUUUUGUUUGUUUGUUCUGUUUUUUUCUCAUUAGCUGGGAUUCCCAUUUCUCUUGAGGAGAAGCCACCCAUGAGAUGUCUUCUCUUCCCCCAUCAUCUUAGAGCCAAUUUAUAUGUUCUUGUCUAACCCAGGUAGCUUUAUUUUCAAUGACUUCAUCACCUGAUUCCUUUUUUUAAAUCUUUUGUUUCUUUUAACAGACAGUAUAUGGAUUUAGAGAGUCGUUUCUGGGUCAGUGAUGGAAAGGGGUUAUUAACUUUAUCCAGGAUUGAUGGUAGCUGAGGGAAAUUCUUGCUCAACUAAAUCCAGAACCUAAACUUAAUGUUAGAAAAUAAGCUCCAGUUUUCGGACUGAAAGAGUGGGAAAUACAUGGUGCCUUUCCUUCGGUGUGAUGUGUUGCGCUGAAAUCUUUGGGGUGUGCAGAGGAGUGGUUUGAGACUAAUACAGGCCUGGAACUUGCAGAAGUGUACAUUCUUGGGUGGCUGACUCAUCAGCUUGUCUUCCCACUUAACAUUUUGAUUAGAAGGAACUUGCCAAUCAAAAGGGAAGAAAAGACAAUCAAUUUGAGAAAAUAGAAAUAGAUAUUUUAAAAUACAACCAUUGGCAUAUUAGUUUGACUUGGUACCUUGGUUUGUCACAGCUGAAUGAAGCAAAAGAGUUUGAAUCAUUUUUUCUCAUUGAUUGUUUUCAUGUCUGCCUCUAAACUAGCGGUUUUCAAACUGGCAUGCAUUAGAAUCAUCUGGAGGGGUUGUUAAGACACUGAUUACUGAGCCUCAACCCCAGAACCCAAAAAUUAGAUUUCUUACAAGUUCCCAGGUGGUCUGCUGCUGGUCAAGGGGCCACACUUUGAGAAUCUCUGUUUUACACUACAAGAGUAUACCUGGUAGGGUGAGCUCCCUGCUAUUGGGUCCAGAAGUUGGAAUUUUCUGAUUGGUAGGUGGUAUCUCUGGGUUUAACUCAAAUACUAUAUCCUUCUGGUAAAUUAUUUAAUCAUUCCACAAACAUUUAUUCAGCUCCAACUGUGUGUAUGUGUGCCUGAGCACGUGUUCCAAGGGCUGUAUAGAUAAAAUAGCUUUUUAGCAGCACGCGUGAAAUCACGGGUCCUUAUUUACAGAUCUGUGGUUUCCUGGAAGUAGAGAGAGACCUGUGACCUGCAGUGUAAAUCAGCUGGUCAUUGGCCAAAGGGCAAAAGCUCAGCCUUUCUCCUUGGAGAGGCUGAGGGUGUGGUCUGCUGACGACCACACUUUCCUCAUCCCCCAACAUCCAUGGCCACACUGGGCAGAUCCUCAUCCUCCACAUGACCAUCUUUGUUGCUCUUGGGGGCUUAAUUAGAUCACAGUGACCAAAACCUCCCUUCUUAAUAAAGAAUCACAUUAGAUUUUUAUUCUGUUUGGUUGUAAGUGUACACUGCAGUCUUGUUCCCAGUCUAAACUACCUCUGUAUAGUGAUUCUUCCUGUGCUGGUCUGUUAAAUCCUGCCCUCCUUGGUGCUAGACUCCAAUUGUGCCUCAGGGCAGAGAAAACAACACAGCAAUCCUGUUGGCUUCUGUUGUCGUUUUGAAGUUUGUACUUUCUCUGUGGGUGCCAGUUAAAUAUUGGAGAGUGACAAAUGUGUACUUCUAUGGCUUUGAACCAAGAAAGCAUUAUGAGCCUACUGGAUAGAGGUUCAAAUUCAGGAACCAACAUUUAGAGAUUUGCUUUUCUCUCAUUCCACCCCUUGCAGUGCUAGUACUUAGCUAAGCAUGAGCAGAAUGAAUAACAGGCACAGAAAGUCCAAUAUGAAGGUUUAAAGAGGCUAUUACUGUCUCAGAAGCCAAGGAAUAAUAAAACCAGGGGAAGUGAAAUAAGAGUCAAUGUCUAAUAGUGACCCUGGUACUCUCCAGAAAACCUGGCCUGAACUGCUGUAAGAUACCCUUCCAGAAACAGGACUUGUUAGCAAGGUAAAAAAAACUCAAGGCUGGUUAAGACAAAGUGCUAUGAAUUUGAAAGUCACAGAGAAACAUUGGUUUGGGAUAGCUCUUCAGGUCUUCAGGAUAGAGAAAAUCAUGAAAAACUUGAAUUUCAGAGAUUUUUAGACUAAGUUGCCAAAGCAUUAAGCCAGUGAAGGAGAAAAAUUUAAAGAUUAAAUUCCAUUCUUUUUGAGCUCUUGUUGUGUGGUAAUAGAAUGAUCUCAUCAACGUUCAUUUCUGAAUCCCUGUUCAUUUGGAAUUUAGUUCCUGGCUUCUUUGUUCCUUUUGGACCCAAAUUUCUCUUUUUGUCCCUCCCUGUUCACAUCUAUUGGGAUACUCCAUCCCUGUUUCUUUGGCCCCUUAUUUUGUUCUCCUUUCCCUUUCUGUCUUUCAGUGGUUUCCUUAUCUCAUCAGUCUAGUUUAUUAAAUCUGCCUAGCCCUCCUGGUACAGUAGGCAUUGCUACACAGUGAAAAUUGAUACCACCCCAAAAGUCCUAAAGCCUGCUUAAGCAUGUUUCAAGGGGCAAUUGCCCCACUGGAAUUCCUAUAAAGCUGGGUAAAGGGCUUGCCUGGUACCAUCCCCACAGUUACAGAAUCUUAGGUGCUGUCUGUAGUCAAUGAUGGAGGAGCACAGCCCACCCCACCCCAUCCCCGAUUGCCCAUAAAAGGGGAUUAGAUGUUAAGGUUUCUGUACUACUUCUAUGGUAGGGUUGUCUGGAAUUCCUUUUUAGGCUGUGGGGUGCUGGUCUUGGGUUCUAGCCACAAGGAGCUCCUUAUGAGGAUCUGGGGGGUAGGGGGUAUACUUUCAUGUCAUUCAAUUUUGAUCCUGCCCUCUCCAGCUGCUGCUUUCAGAAGAUAGAUCUAAAGAUACAAAGUUUGCAUUUGAUACAAUGCCUUAAUCACUGGGUCUACGAUUAAUGUUGACUGUUUUAGAUUGUAAGCUCCUGGAGAGCAGUAUUGCUGUAGUAGGGAUAUUUUAACAGUGUCAUGUGUAAAAAAACAAAAUAAAUAUUUUGAUUUUGUGAUUCUA